AUGAUAGAUCUCAUUUUUGUUGUUCGUAAUAUAAAACAAUGGCACUCUGAAAACUUACAACUGAACCCCAAGCAUUAUGCUCAACCAUUGAGAUUUCUUGGACCUAGAGCAAUUGCAAAUGUACAAGAGAAUUGGGGUGCUAAGAUAUAUUAUAAUACAUUGGUUAAAAUAACAGAAGAAUGUACUAUCAAGUAUGGAGUAGUUUCUGAAAUUUCAUUAAUAGAAGAUUUGUUAGAUUGGAAUGAUUUGUAUUUAGCAGGAAGAUUGCAUAAACCGGUUAAAGUAUUGGUAGAACCGGAUGAACAUACCCAAAUACCUACAGCUCUAGUACAAAACUUACAUUCAGCUGUUCAUGCAGCACUGUUAUUACUUCCACAAUACUUUACAGAAAUUGAGUUUUAUAAAACUAUAGCUGGUUUAUCUUACAAUGGUGAUUUUCGAAUGAUCUUUGGUGAAAAUAAGGAAAAAGUUAAUAACAUUGUCCUACCCCAGCUAACAUAUUUUAAAGAAUUGUACAGUCCAGUUUUGCAACAUUUUGAAAAUUAUGUGGAUGUUCCAAAAUCGGAUAACUCGAUGCUCACUUGUCAUCAGGAUACAAGCCCGGCAACAAAAAUACAUCAUUUAAAUCAGUUGCCUCGAAUACCGCAAGUUAAACUUGUAAGAGCAUGGUCACAGGGUCCAGGGUCAAAGGACACAGAAGAUUGUUUACGCGCAAUUGCUCAUGAUCCUGAAUGCGGUGAAAUAUUAGAAGGCUGCUUGAAACAAAUUGUAUGGAGAUCCAGUACUACUCAAAGUUUGAAAGGGAUUAUUACUGCUGGAUUUAUAAAAUCCGUUAAGUAUAGUGCAGCAAAAGUAAUCAAGAUGUUACAAGCAGAUCCACAAAAAAAUUCUGUAACAAAGUUAGAAUCAGAUCAGAUUAAAGUUAAAAGAAUGGUAGAAACUGUGAAGAAUCAGACACAAUCAAAGGAAACAGAGAAGCGCAUAGAGUAG